AUGCUAACAGUGGCCCAGAUUGUCCCCAAGACCGCCAAGAACUUCCGUGAGCUCGCCACCGGUUCUGAGGGAUUCGGAUACGCCAAGUCCGGUUUCCACAGAGUUAUCCCCGAGUUCAUGCUCCAAGGUGGUGACUUCACCAACCACAACGGUACUGGUGGUAAGUCGAUCUACGGUGCCAAGUUCGCUGAUGAGAACUUCCAAGCCAAGCACACCCGUCCUGGUCUUUUGUCCAUGGCCAAUGCCGGUCCCAACACCAACGGUUCUCAAUUCUUCAUCACCACCGUUCCUUGUCCUUGGUUGGAUGGCAAGCACGUUGUCUUCGGUGAGGUUGUCGAGGGUUACGAUGUCGUUAAGAAGAUCGAGACCUUCGGUUCUUCUUCCGGUGCCACCCGUGCCAAGCUCGUCAUUGACGCUUCCGGUACUGUCUAA